AUGCUGCGAGACUCGGUUGAUUUCGUCCCGAACCACUUUUUGCAUAUUAUUUUAGCUUUUACUAUCAUAUAUCUUGCCUUCCAAAGAUAUCAAAAAGGAUUGAAUAAAUAUCCAGGCCCUAUUUUUGCUUCAUUGACGAACGCUUGGCGCCUCAUCGACGUUUGGAACCGGAAUACGCACAUCACAUUUUGCACCCUUCACCAACGGUAUGGCAAUGUCGUUCGGGUAGCUCCAAACGUACUGUCCUUCGGAGAUCCAGCGGCUAUAACGGAUAUCUACGGCUUGAAUAAGGGUUACACGAAAAGCGCAUAUUACGAUGUCUUCGCUACCUUGAACCAGGGAAACAUUGUUUAUAAUCUAUUCUCGACCAGAUCUGAAAAAUACCACGCCCAACUCCGGAGAUCUGUUGAUCACGCCUUUGCGCUCACCACUCUCCUAGAUUACGAGCCGCUUGUGGAUAGCUGCACGUCCUUUUUCCUCCAGCAAACACAGAAACUUUUCGCCGACACGGGGCGUGAUUGCUCGUUUUCUCAGUGGAUUCAAUUCUUUGCUUUUGACGUGAUCGGCGAAAUCACGUGGUCGAAGCGUCUCGGCUUUGUAGAAGAGAACCGAGACAUCUCGAACGUUAUCCAGACUGUCGAUUCUUUCCAGAAUUAUGGCACCGUUGUUGGUCAGAGCCCCUGGCUGGAUGGCCUCUUUGUGAAAAACCCGGUCAAGCGUUUCCUCGAAUCCAAAGGCCUCUGGCCGACAAGUCCGAAUGCAACCAUCAUCAAAUUUGCUUUGGACCAGCAGCGCAAGCAAAGCAAAUAUAAUGUGAAUGAUAAGGGGGAAGGCAGUGGCAAACAGGGUGUCAACCUGCUUCAACGCUUCCUUCAGUCACAAGGAAAGAACCCCGAGUUCCUGACAGAUGAUCGCAUUACUGCCAUGUGCGCAUCACUCAUCAUUGCCGGCUCUGAUAGCACAGCCAUCAGCUUGUCCGGCGUGUUCUACUAUCUGUUGCAAAAUCCUCGUGUUUACCAAAAGCUAAUGCAGGAGAUUGACGCGGCUGACGCAAUGGGGAAACUUGCUUCGUCCAAAGAUUCUACGGGCGCAGGCGACGUGGUGCCGUUUACUGCAGCUAAGAGUCUACCUUAUCUGGAUGCUGUUAUUAACGAAUCCUUCCGGAUGCAUCCUGCCGUGGGUUUGCUCCUCGAAAGGGUUACUCCUCCUGAAGGUGCACAUAUAUGUGGGGAGUAUGUGCCAGGUGGAACAGUCGUGGGGUGUAACGCCUGGGUUUUACACCAGAACAAGGAGAUUUUUGGUCCAGAUGCAAACAUAUAUCGGCCUGAGCGCUGGCUGGAAAGCAAUGGUGCGGAUCCCGCCCAGGUCUCUAAGAUGAGACAAAGUAUGUUUCAGUUUGGUGCCGGGUCACGAACCUGUAUUGGAAAAAACAUAAGCCUCAUGGAGACUUACAAGAUGGUACCCACUUUUCUGAGGAAAUUCGAUGUAAGUGUCACUCUAAUGAAGCCUGUCUAG